CAGCCUCUUAAAAGGACUCAUUAAAUUGGCAACUUUCUCAACCGGUCAUCGUUUAGACCAGCAAUCAUCCGAGUUCACUAAAUAGCACCUCAACUUUCAAAUUAUUACACUUCUACUCCACUUCUCACUCUUCCUCUUCGCUUCUCGAAUUCUUCGCACUGCAACAAUGGUGAGAGGCGCAUCUCAAUCCCAAUCAUCAUCUUCGUCGACCACCAGACCCGGUCCCGUCGGCAUGGCACCGCGCGGCUCCGCCGCCGCCACUGCCGGGAUGCGACGUCGGCGACUCGCCAGCUCCUCCAGCGGCUCCGCCGGUUUCGGCGGAGGAGGAAGUGGCUCGGGAAGCAACGUGCUCAGGUUCUACACUGACGACGCCCCCGGACUCAAGAUCUCGCCCACCGUCGUCCUCGUCAUGAGCCUCUGCUUCAUCGGCUUCGUCACCGCCCUCCAUGUCUUCGGCAAGCUAUACCGCUACCGAUCUGGUGACGGAGCUUAGUUUUCCGGAUUCUGAUCAACCGAAUCAAGAUCAUCUGUCGGAUUCUUCAUGAUCGGUAAUUGAAAUGCCACAAAAUUUUCACUCUGUAAAUUUUUUUUUUUAGUUUUCGUUUCCCUGUCGUUACUGAGCUUAAAUUGGGUAUCAUUUGAAAGUAGAGAUAAAAGUGGAUUUUGGUUUCCGUAAGUUGAAGUUCGAAUGAUGAAGUAAUGCAUGAUAAUGUUCUCUAAAUGAUUUAUGUGAUCAAUAUGAUUUUUUUUUUAUUUUA